CGACUAGUCACGAAACAAAGAACCCGCCUAAGUGACCAUGACGGCGACUGUGGCGGCCGCGUUCAGAACUGUGGAACCUUUGGAAUAUUACAGAAGAUUCUUAAAAGAAAACUGUCGGCCUGAUGGACGGGACCUUGGUGAAUUUAGAACCACAACCAUCAACAUAGGUUCAAUUACAACUGCAGAUGGCUCUGCACUUGUGAAGCUAGGAAACACUACAGUGAUAUGCGGCAUAAAAGCGGAAUUUACAGCACCCACUGUUGAUUCCAGUAACAAGGGAUAUAUCAUUCCUAAUGUAGAUCUUCCUCCACUUUGUUCAUCAAGAUUUCGACCUGGACCUCCAGGUGACGAGGCUCAGGCUGCUAGUCAGUUUAUUGCUGAUGUGAUUGAAAAUUCACAGGUGGUAAUGAAGGAAGAUCUAUGCAUUAAAGAUGGAAAGAUUGUAUGGGUUCUGUACUGUGACAUUAUAUGCUUAGACUAUGACGGAAACCUUCUCGAUGCUUGCAUGUGUGCUUUCUUAGCAGCUCUGAAAAAUGUGCUGUUGCCUGUUGUUGCAAUAAAUGCUGAAACUGGUCUGGCAGAAGUUAAUUUGAAAGAGAAGAAUCCUUUGAUGAUUAAAAAGCAACCAGUGGCAACAUCAUUUGUGCUGUUUGACACGUUAGUGGUAGUUGAUCCAACUGCAGAAGAAGAAGACUUGGCAUCUGGGACUUUAACUAUUGUGACUGAUGAAGAAGACAAACUGUGUUCUGUUCAUAAGCCAGGAGGAAGCACACUAACAGAAGCAAAGCUUCAAGACUGUAUCAGUCGAGCAAGAGUACGACAUAAAGAAGUGAAGAAACUAAUGGAUAAAAUAAUCAAAAGUGUAUGAUUAAUAAAAGGUGUAUUUGCUAUUUGCUCA